AGCUCAUUUUCAUUGUCGAACCCCUCGAGCAAGCAUCAUAUCGCAAAUACCACGUAUCAAUUGUGUCAAUCGCCGGCUCAAUUGACAUAUCUUUGUGGUCUUUUUUCAUUCCUCGACUACCUCCUUCCGUCGCUCCCUCUUCGCGCACACUCUCCCCAUCAUGAGUUUCGUCACUCGUAGGGCCCUCUCGACCCUCAUCCCUCCCAAGGUUGCUUCGCCGAAUGCCAUCGGUGCUGCCCCUGAUGCCGUCCGCAUGAAGCGCGUUGUCAACUUCUACGAGAAACUUCCCCGGGGACCUGCCCCCAAAAUCCAGGCCACCGGUCUCCUCGGUAGAUACCAGGCCAAGCACUUUGGAGAUAAUGCUACAGCUAAGCCUAUCAUCCACGCAAUCGGCCUCCUGCUCGUCAUUGGAUACCCCAUGACUUACUACUUCCACCUGCGCCACCACAAGAACAACGCUCAUUAAGCCAAGUUCGCUAUGGAGACAUAAGGAUGGUGGAGUAGGAACAAACUCGAGCAACCUAUAACGUGUACAUAAGAUAGAAGGCUUCAAAUAUGAUAGCCGUGGUGUUUUAGAACGCAAGAACAAAGCCUAGUCUGAUCAAACCACCAUACUAUCAUUGUAUGUGCUUACUGAUGUCUUCUUUCUUCUAUGUAAAAUGCGUGGUGCUAUUUUGAGGGGUACUUCAUUGUAUCAUUGUCUUAUAUACCUACACACACACAUUUCUGUUCAGUGCCUGCUUAUAUUACUCAAAGUAAGACAAGAGGCAUUCAACGGCCAUGGUGUAUAAUCGUACUGGUUGAUCGUACAGAUUCUCAGCAGUGUGCUGAGAAUAAUCUGAUCGAAUACUGUUCAUCGUAAUGAUGAUAUCUUGCGGGGCCUGAGGUACCUACAUAAUUUACUGAGUCUCGUGCUUCUGGAAAAGUACCUAUCUGCCUGCGUACCUUAGGCAGCCUUGGAUACAUAUAAUAAGUACGCGGGAAGUUUUAAUAAAUC